AAACAAGAAGAAAAAGUUCACAUCCAUGGCUGUAUCUCAAGUACAUUUGUUUAGACUUUCAUUCGUAAUCCUUUUCUUUUCAGGGGUUUACUCGGUCAACUUCUCCGUUAAAAACAAUUGUCCUUUCCCAAUUUGGCCCGGUACCCUUACUGGUUCUGGCAACCCACUUUCAACAACCGGGUUUGAAUUAACAUCCGGUUCGGCCACAACAGCGACCGUUUCUCCGCCAUGGUCCGGCCGAUUCUGGGCUCGAACCCAGUGCUCAACGGACGCGAGUGGAAAAUUCUCUUGCGGAACUGCUGACUGUGCCUCCGGCCAAGUCACGUGCCGUGCAGGCGCAAUUCCACCGGCUAGCCUCGUUGAAUUCACCAUAGCCCAAAACGGUGGCCAAGAUUUCUUCGACAUUAGCCUUGUCGACGGCUUCAACUUGCCCGUCUCGGUGGUCCCAAUUGGAGGGUCAGGCGGGUGUGCAGCAGUAACUUGUGCUGGAAAUGUGAAUACCGUUUGUCCGCCAGAACUAUCUGUCAAAGGGCAAGAUGGUGCAGUUAUUGCGUGUAAAAGUGCUUGUUUGGCUUUCAACACACCAGAAUUCUGCUGCAGUGGCGACCAUAAUCAACCGCAAACUUGUCCACCGACGAAAUAUUCGAUGAUAUUCAAGAAUCAGUGUCCUCAAGCUUAUAGUUAUGCGUACGAUGAUAAGACUAGCACUUUUACGUGCUCGGGUGGAGCCGAUUACGCCAUCACAUUUUGUCCUUGAUAUGUACUCCAUUGGCGAUUGGUCGAGGUGAACGUAUAAAUGAAAGGCUCAACAUAAUUCGAUUAUAUCUAAUCAGCCAAAUUAUAAAUAAAUAUAAGAAUAUUUAUAAUUUUAUAUAACACUCGUCAUUGUAAUCAAGGAUAGUUAAAUCUAAUUCAAAAUAUUUAAAAACAAACUUAAU